GCAGUCACUCAGCCGCUUGACUCGUGUGAGGAGGAGGAGGAGGGAGACAUCAGUCCUGUGAUCUCAUGAAUAUAUUAUGGGGGGGUCAUUGUGCAAUGAGGAAGGUAUCCCUGAGCUGCCAGGUUAUAGCCUGCCCCCCCACAUAUAACAACAAGCUUACUCGAAUUCAAGCUAACGUUAGCUCAGUUUGUUAGCUAUUGUGUACAGGUGACAUUUUUUGUAAAAGCGGAAUAGUAUUCGUUAUUUAUAGUCGACUCCAUACUCAACAGCGUGGGGGUGUGAAGACAUAAAUACAUAUAUAUAAUUAAUACGCUCGACAUCGCGGUAAUCAAGCAGCCGUGUCUUGCUAGCCGGGACUGCGACACUUAGCUUAGCUUAGCUUAGCCCUGUGCGCUAGCUGGUCUGCGAUCGAGCGGCGCCUCUCCUUCGGCUGCGAAGCGGACACAGACAGGGCGGCCUCUUGAGGACAGCGGGGGCUCUCGAAUGAUCCCCCCGUUCAUCCGAUGAACCCCCCCUUCAACUCCAUGAAACCUUCCCUGCCUCCCAAUCCGCAAAGCAGCGACGGGCCCUUCCUGAAUGACCCAGUCUCCUGGCAACCAGGAACCAAUCAGCACCCAGGAUCUCUCUCGGUAGUAACCACAGUGUGGGGCGUGACCAAUCCCACACACAGCCAGGUCUUCUGUGCGCCCAUGGGUCCGGGUGAGAGCUCUGGCGGUCACAUGAUGCCCGGCGGCGGCCCCGGGAUGGGCCCCCAGUUCAUGGGCCAGCAGGCGUACGGAGACGUGUCCAAAGGCUACGGCCAGCCGGUGAUGUACGGGCGACCCAGCGGGGGCUACAACCCAGGAUCGGCCUACGGGGGCAGUUACCCCGGUAACAGUGGAGGUGGCGGCAUGGGUGUGCGCCCUCCCUCGGACUUCACUCAGGCUGCCGCCGCCGCCGUCGCUGCCGCCGCCGCCACGGCAACAGCCACCGCCACGGCAACCGUCGCCGCGAUACAAGAGAAACAGAACCAGGAGCUGAACUAUGGCCAGAUGGGCGGCGCGUCCUCCUACAGCACCCAGUUCAUGUCUCACGCGGGGCCCCGCGGCCCCCCAGGGAUGGUCUCCUCUAGGCCGGGACCUCCCCCCUCCAGCGGAGGCCUGUACCCGACCCACCCGGCCCAGGCUCAGAAGAUGCCCCAGCACGGAGGAUACCCCGCUCCUCAGCAGGGGCUCAAACGGCCCUUCCACCCCGAGGGUUUCCCGGGGCAGCAGUACGGCUCGGGGGGCAUGUCGGGGUACCCCCCCCAGCCCCUGCAGUACCCCUCGGGUCCGCAGCAGCGAUGUGGCCCCUCGCCCUCCUACCCCCCCAGCCGGAUGCCCCUCAUGGGGCAGUACCCCCCCGGAUCACACAACCCGGGGCAGUUCCCCCCCGGAGCCGGCCAGCCCACCCCCCCCCAGUACUAUAAGUCAGAGCCGUUCAACGGUCAGGGCAGCCAUCCGUCCGGAGGGGGGGGGGGCUACAACGCCUUCACGCAGGCUGCCGUCAACGGGCCAGGCCGGGGGGGCGUGAUGCCCGGAUACCCCAGCUCGCCGAUGGGGGGGAACCCCACGCCGCCAAUGACGCCGGGGACCUCCAUACCCCCCUACCUGUCCCCGGGCCAGGACACCAAACCGCCCUACCUGCCGCAGGACACCAAGCCCAACAUCAACGCCCAGCAGGUGUCCACAGGAAACCCGAGCGACGACCUGCGGCUGACGUUCCCGGUGCGUGACGGCGUGGUUCUGGAGCCGUUCAGGCUGGAGCACAACCUCGCCGUCAGUAACCACGCCUUCCAGCUGAGAGACUCCGUCUACAAGACGCUCAUGUUGAGGCCGGACCUGGAGCUGCAGUUCAAGUGUUACCACCACGAGGACAGGCAGAUGAACACCAACUGGCCGGCGUCUGUGCAGGUCAGCGUCAACGCGACUCCUUUGUGCAUCGAACGGGGCGACAACAAAACCUCCCACAAGCCUCUGUACCUGAAGCCCGUGUGUCAGCCGGGACGCAACACGGUUCAGAUCACAGUGACCGCCUGCUGCUGCUCCCACCUGUUCGUCCUGCAGCUGGUGCACCGGCCCUCCGUCCGCUCCGUCCUGCAGGGUCUGAUGAAGAAGAGGCUGCUGCCGGCCGAGCACUGCAUCACCAAGAUAAAGAGGAACUUCAGCAGCGGCACCAUCCCUGGGUCCACCGGGCUCAACGGAGAGGACGGCGUGGAGCAGACGGCCAUCAAGGUGUCCCUCAAAUGUCCCAUCACCUUCAGGCGGAUCCAGCUGCCGGCCAGAGGUCACGACUGCAGACACAUACAGUGCUUCGACCUGGAGUCCUACCUGCAGCUAAACUGUGAAAGGGGAACCUGGAGAUGUCCCGUGUGCAAUAAGACGGCGCUGCUGGAGGGGCUGGAGGUGGACCAGUACAUGCUCGGGAUCCUCGUCUACAUCCACAACUCCGACUACGAGGAGAUCACCAUCGACCCGGUGUGUGGCUGGAGGCCGGUGCCGGUCAAGCCGGACCUGCACAUAAAGGAGGAGCCCGACGGGCCGGUGCUGAAGCGCUGCCGCACCGUCAGCCCGAGUCACAUGGUGCUGCCCAACGUGAUGGAGAUGAUCGCCGCCCUGGGCCCCGCCUCCUCGCCCUACCACAGCUUGGGCGCCGGGGGGCGGAGCACCCCCGACUACAACCGGCCAGGGAGUCGAGGCUUCUCCGGCCAGUCGGGAUUCUCGGACUUCCCCAACACCCCCGGCACGCCGACCCUCGGGGAGUACUCCUCCCCCUCCGGCCCCCCCAUGGGAUAUCAGCCCGAGCAGACGUCCCACUCUGGACGAAACGAACACGCCCACAGCAUCCUGCAGCAGCAGCAGCAGCAGCAGCACGGCUCAGGCGUCCACAGUAACCAUGGUAACCAGGGCCUCGGCGACGCCGGCAGCCCGCUGUCGCAGCGCGGUGCCAAUACCCAGAAUGCCCGGCUGCAGGGCGAGGGCCCCUUCGUGCUGGGCGGCCCCGGAGGGGAGGGCGCCGAUCACGCGCUAGACCUUCUUCCUGAGCUGACCAACCCGGACGAGCUGCUGUCCUACCUCGGCCCCCCCGACCUGCCCAGCAACAGCAGCGACGACCUGCUGUCUCUGUUCGAGAACAACUGACCGCUGUAGCCCCCCCCCCCCCCCCCCCCCGACGUCUCCCUCUCCGUGUGUGUGUAUAAAAACGUGUGUGUGUCGUUCUGUGUGUAUCUUUUGUCUUUGUCCCGCUGUGCUACAGACCUCAGACCAGCUCUCUGAUGGAGCUCUAGAAGCUGCUGGAGCUCUAGAAGCCGAUGGAGCUCUAGAAGCCGCUGGAGCUCUAGAAGCUGAUGGAGCUCUAGAAGCCGAUGGAGCUCUAGAAGCCGAUGGAGCUCUAGAAGCUGCUGGAGCUCUAGAAGCCGAUGGAGCUCUAGAAGCCGAUGGAGCUCUAGAAGCCGAUGGAGCUCUAGAAGCUGAUGGAGCUCUAGAAGCCGAUGGAGCUCUAGAAGCCGAUGGAGCUCUAGAAGCUGCUGGAGCUCUAGAAGCCGAUGGAGCUCUAGAAGCCGAUGGAGCUCUAGAAGCCGAUGGAGCUCUAGAAGCUGCUGGAGCUCUAGAAGCCGAUGGAGCUCUAGAAGCCGAUGGAGCUCUAGAAGCUGAUGGAGCUCUAGAAGCUGCUGGUGGUCGCAGAAGGUCGACGGAAGCAAUUCAACCGCAGUUUGUGUUUUUAGUGUUUUUACUGCUCACAUUCCCGGGAGACGCCGCUUUUCUACCGUUUUUACCUCAAGGUCGUCGCAACGAAACACGGACUCAUCGACAUAGCCCACCCCCCCCAACCCCCCCCCCUCGAUGCAACUUACCACUGCAUUAAGAGUAAAAGCUUGUGAUGUUCUUGUAUGCUAUAUUUUAUAAAUCCCAUAGAUAGACCCAGUGCUCGUCUUCUUCCUCUUCUCACGACGUCCUUGAUUCCUUCCCUUGACUAAAUGCAUCUACUCUCCUUUUGAAGAUUGGCUUUUAUUGUGAAAGGUAGGAAGAGGAGUGGCUUUGGUUUGUGAAGCCUUCGUCCGGAGGAAAAUAAUUGCUGCUUUUGUAAAGCCUUUUAUUCCUUUUUAGGAGGGAGGAGUCGAGGAAGAGGAGGGAGGAGGAAGGACAUAGUUAACAAGCUGUCAUUUUAAAGCUCACGUUUGGGGUAAAAUUAAGUCUCAUUAAUACCAAAAAAAGUUAAAAGUUGAAGCUCUUUUAAUGUUUAAAUUAUAGGAAUCAUUCACCUUUAAUAUCUUUUUUUUCAUAAUCAAUUAAUUAUCAACUUCCAAAAUACCAUAAUCUCAUUAUUAUUAUUAUUAUUAUUGCUUGUCGGACUACUUUCAGCAGCGGAUGAAUCCACCGUGUGGUAGUAGAAAGUAUUAGCGUUAUAUUAUUAGUGUUAAUUUGGAUCUUUUCAUGAGAUUAACUGACAAAUGAAGAAAAUCUCCAGAUUACUUCGAUGUAAAAUAACGGCGUGAAAGCAAAAUAAAACCAGAUGUACAAUAGACUUUGUUUUCUUAUUUAAACUUGACGUUUGGGAGCACUGUGGAAUAUAUGAACUAAAAGAAAACUCCCCCCCCCCCCCCUUUGGUUCUAUUGAGUUCAUUCUUUAUUUUUCUGUGGAGCAUCCUGUGAGCGAGUACAGCCGUGUGUUCCUGGUAUCGUUUUCAUAGCGUGUAACACGCGUGUACCGUGUAAUCAGCUGUUUUCAUUAGAGAACGUGUGCGUAUCAAAUGAAUUUGUCAAUUAUGGUCAUUUUUAACGUCAUAUUUAGUUGGAUAACGGAUCGUCGUAUAAAUACUGUAUGUUAGAAGAAUUAUAAAGCUAUUGUAAAAAGGCGUGAGACAAACUGUUGUUGGUGCCACUUUUUGAAGCUGACAUUUGUCUUUUUUUCUUUUCUAUGAAUGAUUUAACUCUUCGUGAUCCAACGAGGGAGCGAGAAAUAAUGGAGCAACGCUGCGAUGUUAUUAUAUUUGGAAAAUUACGGAAUAUUUAACUGCAAAAUUUGCUUGAAAAAAGAAGUUUUUUAAAAAAUGUAAACUAUUCCACAUAUUUUGUAACACAUUGUAAUUGCCAUUAUUUUCUAUUUAUU